UAGAAAUAAUUUCAUGUGUACAUUGAAAUGACUUUCAUUGGCAAUUUUAGUGCUAAUAUAAGUAUUAAUAAUUAGUGCUAAAGUGUUAUGAAGUGUAUGAAAAUUAAAUAACGUAAUUUAUUGAUUUUUUCUUUAAUAUAAUUGUAUCAUAAAAAUUACUAAAAUAACCAAUGUCAUGAUAGUGUAUCGUAAUUUACAACAUUUAAAUACUUUAAUGCUAGUGGGCACAUUAAUUUUAUGUAUGGUUUUUAUUGUACAGAUAAAAGAUGUAUAUCACAAAACUUGUAAAUAUCAUAGAUAUCAAGGUUACAAACAAUCGAUUAAAGAAAUACUAAUGAAUUUGAAUGCUGCUGAGAAAGUAAUGAAUAAAUCAGCAACUCAUCUUCAUCAACUGAAUGAUGCCUACUUGAAGUACGAAAAAGACUCAAAAAAUACAUCUUUAAAAGAGAAGUAGUGAAUAAUUACAUAUUUAACCGUUGAACAUCUUUAAAACAGGUUGUCAUCAACAACAAUGGCUCAAAAAAUUAUUUGCUUAUUUGAUGUCGAUGGGACUUUGACCAAGCCACGUCAGAAAAUUGAAACAAGCAUCGAACAAAGUUUAUUUGAGCUUGCGAAGAAAGAAAAGUUUGAUAUUGGUGUUGUUGGUGGUUCAGACCUCGACAAAUUAAAAGAGCAAUUAGGAGGUAAUGAUAUUUUCAAGAAAUAUAAGUACGUGUUUGCUGAAAAUGGUCUUAUUGCCUACAAAAAUGGAAAGCAAUUACCUUCAGAGAGUAUUCAACAGUUCAUUGGUGAAGAUGCUCUUCAAGAUCUAAUCGACUUCUGUCUAAAGUACAUUUCUGAAUUAAAACUCCCCUUUAAGCGUGGAACAUUCAUAGAAUUUCGUACUGGCAUGAUAAACGUUUCACCAGUUGGACGCAAUUGUAGUCAAAAAGAGAGAAUCCAGUUUUAUGAAUACGACAAAGAACAUCAAAUUCGAGAAAAAUUCAUCCUUGCUUUGAAAAAGAAAUUCCCAGAUUUAGCCUUGACUUACAGUAUUGGUGGACAAAUUUCUUUUGAUAUUUUUCCAUUUGGUUGGGAUAAAACUUACUGUUUACGUCACAUUGACGAGUAUGACGAAAUCCACUUCUUUGGAGAUAAAACACGAAAAGGAGGCAAUGAUUAUGAAAUAUAUGAAAGUGAUUUGACUGUUGGUCAUCGUGUUGAUAGUCCUGAAGAUACAAUUAAACAAGUUAAAAUUUGCUGUGAGAUUCGUAAUGAAAAAAGAAGCAGAGAAUCACCUGUACAGUAUUUAUAAAAUUACAAAAUAGUUUUUAUAUUUCAAAGAGCUUUACAUUUUCAACAAAAAAAUAUAUUAUUAUAAAUUCGGUAUCUUUUUUAUC